AUGAAGACACAAUUCUUCCUCCUUUCUCUCUUCCUCUUCUCCAUCUUGCUUUGUGAAGUAAUAGAGGCACAGGACACAAACGCGGUGCUUGAUAUCCGUGGGAAGAUCCUCCGAGCUGGUGUCAAGUACUAUGUUGUACCACUACUCCAGGACCAGGGUGGUGGGCUUGACCUAGCUUCCACCGGACGUCAAAGUUGCCCGCAAAGUGUGGUCCAGGAUGAUGUUUACUGGUGGGGUAACACUAUACAGUUUUACCCGGUUAAUUCUCAAAAAGGUGUGAUUCGUGAAUGGAUUGACCUCAAUAUUGAAUUUCCAGAUGCAUACACAGGAUGCCCAGAGUCUAAGGUAUGGACAAUUAGUGGGGAUCCCUCAUCAUAUGAUAUUACGCAUUACAUAACAGAUGGCGGCAGAAAAGGCAAUCCUGGUCAACAAACUCUAAGCAACUGGUUCAAGAUUGUUAAAACAACAAAUGCCUAUAAGUUUAUGUUUUGUCCAAGUGUGUGUGAUGACUGCUCAUAUGUGUGCCAAGAUGUUGGCAUUUCCAAGAAAAGAGGACAGAGGCGUUUGGUUCUCAGUAAUACCCCUCUGGAAAUCAACUUUAGGAAGGCUUAA